CACUCCGCGCUCACGAGAUACAAAGGGUUGGAGAAGCAAUUUCUCGCUGUCUGUGAUGGUUUCGGGACCUUCAUUAAACUUUACCCAUAAGUGGAACUGUCAGUGAGGUGCUAGGCACGCCCUUCCCCCCAUUGGCUGUUCUGACAACCGGGAGAAGCUCUGCUUUGUGCUCAUUGGUUGGGCAGCACAUCAAUCAGGGAGAAGGCGGUGCAGCAAUAGUUUUGUGCACACUGAGAGAAUGUUACACGAAGUGGCGCUGCUGCUGCUCCGGGAUCCUAGCACCGGACCUACGACUAAUGACAACGCAUUAAUAAUUGUACGAGUGGGUUAAUGUUCUUUCGUUCCCUGGAGGAAAAUGGCUGAAUCUGAGGAGGAAAACCUGGACCUGAGCUUCCUGGAAAGUGAGGAAAUUGACAAGAUCCUGCGAGUGCUGGAGAGGGACGAGCAACUCCGUAACACCGAGAAGAAACGAGUCCGUAAGCUCCAGAGCAAGAAGAAAGACGGCAAAUGGUUACACGCCGCGUCCGGGGAAUGGUUUGAGGAAAUCCAGAAAGAGAAAUUUAAGAAGGAGCGAGAUGUGAGGAACCUGGUGAAGCGGCCCCUUGCCUGUCGGCUGCAGGAGACAAGUCAUCCAAACGACUCGGUCAAUUCUAAAAUGUCAAAACUGGAAAACCUUCCGUCCUCCAAGAAUGUUAAUUCCGGUUCUUCAUUUCUUGGUAUCCGAUCUCCAUUCUCCUUCUUUGGAAAAUUUGCAAAACAAAAUUCUAAGCUACAGGAGAGAGAUUACAUAUUUUCUCCGGCCACGCCAACAUGCAAUGAAGAAAAGAAAAAGGCUGAAUUCCUCCAUUCUAGCAAGAGUGUGAGACAGACAAUUAAAUUCUUUGAAUCGAUUGGAAAGAAAACCAGGGAACACAGAGUACCACCAACCAAUGCUGAAAUUGAAAAAGAAGCUUUUGAGGUUUUAGGAGAGUUGGAUAAGAAGCUAGCGCAAGAGAAGGGCCAACAAGCUAAGAACAACAGAAGUGCAACAAACCACAGGCCAGACAAUCACGAUAAGAAUGGUGGUUCUCUUCACAACAUGCCACAGUCCAGGACUGAAUAUAGCACUUUAUAUGUCCAAGAAAGGCCUCGAACUGUAUCGAUUGGAGAAAGGCAUAGAACACAUGCCACUUACCUGCCUAAUAGGUUUGAUGACACUUAUCCCAACCAUGCACCUCCAAGGCAUGAACUUUCACAAAACAAUAAACUGGAAAAGAGUCCUUCCCUAUUUUCAGCUUUGUCAUGUAAAACACCCAGUUCUAAUCCCAAUGCUGGUACGUUUUCAGCAAAAAGCCUGCCACCUCCAUUGGUUGAGAAGAAAAGUCCUGAGCUACAAGAGAAUAGACUUCAUAAACCUAGGAGGCCGCUUAUCUCCUCUGUCAACUGGGACAUGGUUCAAACUCUUAAUCAGAGCAAAAAGCAUCACAGUGUCUCUAGGACUCAGUCUGAAAUGGACCUUAGUAAUCUUUCUCAAUCCUCUAACCAAAACCGAAUGUACGAACUUUACAGAAACAGAAACUAUCACAGAGAACCUGGAUUUACUAAUGGCAAUACGGCAAAUGUAAAAAUGCAAGUGUCCCACAAUAGAAAUAUUUUAUCCGGGGUGCAAAAAAACCACAAUAGACUUUUCAGGACUCAGUCUGACUUGGAUCUUACUAGUCACAAUAACUCUUGUAAACAAAACCGUAUGUAUGAACUUUACAAAUUCAGAAAUGAUCUUAGAGAGCUUAGGUUAAAAAGCAAUGACCUUAAUACAGCAAAUGCUGUAAAAACGUGUAUUCUUACAAAUAGUUCCCAAAUGAGCCCCACCUACAAAACAAACUCUAGUGUCCCGAUUUCAGCAAAACAUAUCCAGGAAGACAACAACAGUGUCUGGGAGGAGGAAAACAAAGAAAAUGUGUGUAAAUCAACUGAAAUGGAGCCUAAGCAUUUUCACAGAGAUGUGAAACCAAUGGAAACUGAAUGUGAGACUAAAGAUGCAGAAAAUUCAACAACAUACAACGUGCAGAGCAGUUUAUCUAUAAACAUUGAGGCUGCAUUGGUCACCAAUGACGCCAAAAAACACAAGAUCCAGCGUGGCAAGCAAGAUAACACCACAAACCUGAUAAAAAAAGAUAUUACAUUGGAUAUUGGGAAGGAUAAAGCAAGUCAAGAGUCAUCACAACUAAACAUGCCACAAAGUGAUAAGUGUGACAUCAUGGGAGAAGUUGUAGAGCAUAAACUCAUAGUACCCAAAAGACGUCCUUUGCCUGAGGUGUUGAAUGCUGUUCCCCAGUCGCGCGUGCAAGAUAAUACCCUUCAUUCUGGUGCAACAGACACAAACAAAGGGGCAAACCCUUUCAUAAAUCAGAAUAUAGCUACAGAUGUCACAGAGCUUGUUGGCAAAAAAAAUACUCCUGCACAUGCAAUAAAGGUUUUUAAUAAUGGUGCUUCCCAAGUUUACAGACAUGAAGAGCAAAUGCAUGGGGGACAUGUCAACGAAUUCCAUUCUGAUGCCCUAAAAACACAAAGCAGGAACUCAUCCUCUCUUCCCGAUUUAACUGACUGGAGUGAUAGAGGAGCUAUACAAACCCAUCUGAAGUCCAGUGAUUUUAAUCUUGGAGAUGUCCAUUUCAGUGUUAAUCCGGGCACAGUUUUAAUUAACACAUAUCAAAAACCCAAAGAACAUUCAUCAAACACCAACGUUCUAGAGACAACAUCCAAGUCUGUAACAUCACAAAAGUUAGCGCAACCUGCUGUACCUUCCUGCGAUAGCACAAUAGAACCAAACAUGGGAAUGAGAACUGUGCUGCACACAAGAGAUCCACAAGAAAUAAAUAGACUCAUCUAUCAAACUGAAUUCAGCAAUAUACUAGAGAAAGGGCAGGGUCAUUCUGAAUCUUCCGUUGAGGGAAUAAUUAUGGAUAACAGACAGAAGAAAGCUGAUAACAAUAACAACAGCCAAUCGAGAAUAAUGGAAUCAUCACAUGAACUGAGUAUACAGGAUAGAACAGCAAACCACAUGACAGAUAGAAGGCAGUUUCAAGUGAGCCUUGGAAAAGGUGUCUCGGAGCAAGCAAACAAGAUUCAUAGUGCUCUAGUUUCAAACGAUAACCAGAUAUUUAAUAGCCGGUAUAACAAUGGCAAGAAGAAAGAAAGCCAUCGUAGUAUUGGCAUUGUGCAGAGCCAAAAAGGAACUCCUUCAGCUUAUGGGGUGCCUCUGAGUUUUCAUACUAUAACACGUGGACAAAGCUUUGAUACAGAAAAUCUUGCAAAACAGGAAAUGAAAACAAAACGUAACGUCAACCAAACCCUUAUUAAUGAAGUUUGUAGUAAAUAUGCAAUAGCUGAAGAUGUACGCCUAGCAAAGCAAUCGGAGUCCUCAGUCGUGUCCCCUUUUCCCAGCCACAGUGAAGAUUUCCUAGAUGAUGUUUGUAACAUGUCAAUAAGUCCACCUCAUGUCCAGAACAUUAAUUUGGUAAAACAUUCUUUGAAUCCAUCUUCAGAACCUAUGAUAUCUCCGUCCAUUACCUCUGAGACUUCUGAAGGAAUCCAUUCUGUGACCACUUGUGGCACUAACAAUCCACCUUUAAAAGCUUGUACGGCAUUUUCCUUUACUACAGUGGUAGAGAACACAAGGAUUUACAGGAACAGAGAUUAUGUUCUGUCAGAUAUUGAAAAAACCGAGUACCAUGAACUGGUUACAAUUUACGACAGUCUUUCCCAUCAAGAUGAUGUAGAUUUCCUUCCUGAUGCUAUAACAAAAAAGGUUUGGGCACUAGAAUUCAAUAAAGCUUCCUCUGAUCCGUUGGAAAAUAUGAUACCGAGUUAUGAUGGAGUUGAAGGAAAAAGUCAUUCUAAACAACAGGACACAUUGAAACCAUCACCCUUCUACAACAUAGAACACAUACCACUCAAUCAAGGACUAAUGUCCUUUUCAGAUGAAGGAUCUCUGGCUUAUGAUGUUGAGGACAAACUACCUAAUUUGCCCUUAUCUCAGAGGCAUUUGCACAAAACAAGAGAGGAAUAUGCUUUAGACAGCACCCAGGUUCAACAAAAUAACAUCAAUGAUCACUUCCAUUCUGAGUCUCCUAGCAAGCACAAGUGGGACUUCUAUUAUACAUUGCCAAGCAGGAGAAGUCAUCAAAAGGAUUCUGGAAAGCAUCUUCAAAAACAUCACUUGCAUGGUGAAAAUGAUAUUUAUUUGUCUACAGAAAAGGCUGACCCUCCAAAGCAAACAUCUCCAGAUCAUUCCUUUGAUCCCAACUUCUGGAAGGAUGACCUUGAUUAUCCACAUACAUGUCUUUGCAGUUAUGAAAAAGAUGAUAUAAAUAAUCUUAAAAACAGUGAUACUCUGAUAAGUAAUCAGAACGCUUCCCAGUAUGAAGGUGUGCCUCAAGAUGAAACACUUUCGCCUCAUUACCACUCAAAAAAUUUAAAAGGUUUAAAUUCACACAAGCUCCAUUUCACGAAGAUCUCCAGCUCGCCAAGCAUUGAACCACUCAUGCAAAACCAAGCAAAUUUCAGCAAAGUGAGCGAAAUGUUACAUCGAAACAAACCUCCAUACUGUCCCGAAUAUCUCCAAAAUAAAAUGAAGGCUCUUACCAAUACUAGGAGGUUUAUUCAUUCCGUUGACAACACCGAGCAACGAGAAAAUUAUUUUAGCAGUCUGCCAUACAUGGAACAUUUUGGAAGUAGGACUAGGAUGAGCGAUGGGACAAACUCUCCGUAUGUGUUCUGUUCCAUGAAUGACGAGUACCAGGAUCCUUUGGACCCACAGCUACAUGGAUGGGGUGACCAAACAACCAACCAGCAGUCAAACUUGCACCGAUCAAAAAGUUUAAAAGGGUUGAACGUAGAAGAGGAACAUGAGCUGAAGAAUAGGAAAAGAAAGACUGAUGGUCAGUAUUCAUCGAAGAGCACUGGUGGAACGCUCAAUAACAUCAGUCCCUCUGUCUUCAAAAAUGUCAAUGAAACCAAGUGUAAUGGACAACUUUCACAUGACCUACUUAGGGAUGAAAAUGACAACUGUCCUACUUUUAGGACAAGCUACAUCCCCAAACCUGUAUAUACCUCCAAGUCUCUUGACUAUGGUAUAUUUGGGGAGGAGCAGCAAAAAGCUUUUUUGAACAAUGUAAAGAGAGCGCUCACUGAGGGCAGGCUCUGGAGACCUUGUUUUCUGAAAAAUCCUGGCUUUCUGAGAAGUGAAGCGCACCAGUACGGCGAUUCUCAAGGCUCGCGAUAUCAUUCUGAUGGAGAUGCACCCCACCUGCUGUGUCCCCAAGGUUUUCUCAAUAUAUACGAAGAUGAGGUUAUUAAUCGCUCCGACCCUGAAACUGAUUCAACUACCGACGAUGAGUAUUGCCUGGAUGACUUUGACAGAGAGACAGAACUCUAAGUCUAUAGACAAGGUUGUCCAAAUGCUUCUAAUUGCAUCUCCAGAGAUUGCAUCCAAAGGAUGCCUUAAUGCUUAUUUGUCUAUAUGUAUAUAUGCUUGUUUAUUCUGUAUGUGCAAUACUGAAAAUUAAAGGAGAAGGAAAGGUUAAAACUAAGUAAGCCUUAUCAGAAAGGUCCAUCUAAAUAUACCAGUAAACCCUCAAAGUAAUGUUGCUCUG